AUGAGCACGUCCACGCAAGAUAAAAAUGAUGAUCUCGUUCAGAGCGUCGCGGGUGUGACUUCUGACGAUCAAACCAAUGCUGCCGAACGGCGAGCCAAGGGUGAAUUUGUGAGAGGCAUCAGUACAGCUCGAAACUGGAUAUCCGGCGAACAAGGCGCCAUGUUCCCUCCAGCCAAGGAUCGCUAUCACCUCUACGUCGCCUAUAAUUGUCCCUGGUGUCAUCGUGUCCUGUUGGGCAGAGCCAUUAUGGGAUUGGAAGAUGUCAUCACAGUGGAUGUUUGCUUUCCCAAUCGCUCCAACGAAGACGAACCCAGGGGUCCCAACUUGUGGAAAUUCUGUCCGGAAGGACAAACAUCACCCAUGAAUACAGGAGCCUUUAUCAAGUUUGACGAAUGUACCGAUGACACUGUCAAUGGCAAACGGUACAUCAAGGAAAUUUAUGAACUGGCAGGGAUUGACGAUCAAAAAUCAGUGCCAAUCUUAUUCGACAAGCAAACCAAAACAGUUGUGAGCAACGAAAGCGCUGAAAUCCUGAGAAUGAUGGGUACUGUCUUGAAACCAUUGGCCAGUCGUCCGGUAGAUCUUUAUCCGGCAGAAGUCGCCGCUGAAAUCGACCAUCUCAACGAUUGGAUCUACAAAGAAAUCGCCAAUGGCAGCUACAAGGCUGGAUUCUCUUCCAACCAGGAAACCUACGAAACUGCCUACAAAACCUUCUUUGCAGCUCUCCAAAAGCUGGACGAAGAGGUGCUGUCAAAAUCAGCUUUUCUGGCGGGAGAUCAUGUCACGGAAGCUGACAUUCGUCUAUUUCCAGCUCUCUUUCGAUUUGAUCCAAUCUACUACUCACGGUUCAAACUGAAUCAGUCCUUCUUGUGGGAGUACCCCAAUGUUUGGAAAUGGAUGUCUCGUAUGAUGAACUUGGAAGGAAUGGAACCGGUGUCCAAUGCGGCUUAUCUGCGCCAUUGUAAGCAGGGUUACUUUGGUCGAACUGGAAAUGGAACCGUUCCUGUGGGGCCGCUUGGAUACCCAGAAUGCUACAAGAGCCCUUCACCACCCUUUGCCAAACAAUCUUAG